AUGGGCGUGAAGCCGUACGGAUCGGAUGGACAUGUUGCGUUUGACGGGACGAUGCACUAUAGUGUUCUGGUCGUCGAGACGUCCAGCGGGAUCAAGCCAGAAGACGUGAUCUUUGCUGCGGUUGAGGAGGAUUUGACGGCAGAUGUGUCGCCUGAUGUGAAAGAAGCGACGCUCGUGAAUAUCCACCAGAGAUUCGGAAAUAUGUCGUAUGUCACGAUCGAGAGGAUCGCGAAGAGCCCGAGCAGUGGCAUUUGCAUCACGGAUCACAGGUGUUUGACGUACAUCAAGUGUGCUCAGAGCAAUCAAACGAAGAACAGCCAAAUGAAGAAGGACACCGGCGCGCACUUUCCAAUUGUUUGUGGCGGUGGAGUAACGUGA